UCUAUUUUCAGACACUGACAUUCUUCAACCUUUUGGGUUUCCCCAAUUUAACUAUCCACUUGGAAAUUAAGCCUGAAGAGUUUAAGCUGCUUAAAAACCCAUCAGGUUAAUCUUGUUUUUUCUUUAAACAACUGUGCAAUGGGAAAGGGGUGAAAGAGAAUGGCAAACAUUAUAGAUAAUGCAUAAUGCCAUAAUCUCUGCAUAAGUUACGUUUCCCACUUUACAAUAAUGACAAUGCUACAGUGACUGUAAAGCACUUUGAGAGGUUCUGACAUUGCAAAAGACACUAUAUAAAUAUUAACCUUUCUUCUGUUGAUGCUCAUUUCAGGUUAUGAAGGAGCAGGAAUCAGUCUCAAAAAGACUGUUAGGCAAUACCUUGUCAAAAAUUUCCUCCACCCCAGAUAUUGAAGAAUGUGAGAAUUGCUCCUUAUGCUUGCCUGACAAAGAAUCCUGGAUUAGUAGUCUUGGGGUAAUGAACUUCCCAAGGAAAGCUGCAAAGAAACCACCACGAACAGAGCGAACACUGACCUGUGUGGUUACACGGAAGAGGAAUGCUGGUGAUGCAGAAGAAUACUUCCUAGUUCAGAGACCUAACGUUGGACUGUUAGCUGGAAUGUGGGAGUUCCCCAGCAUUCUAUUGGAAGUUGAGAUGACGGAAAAGGAACAGAAAUGUACUGUUUUAGAUCGACUUACAGAAUUAUUGGGGAGUUCAGUUACAGAGAAAAAUUUACAGUACUUGGGGGAGGUGGUACAUAUCUUUUCUCACAUUCACCAGACCUACCUUGUGUACAGUAAUUCACUUGGUAGUGCACCAAUCGAUACUGUAAAGCAGGGGGAGACAAAAUGUCCUCCCUUCCGCUGGGUAACCAAGGCUGAGUUUCAACAAUCAGCUGUGUCUACAGCCAUGAAGAAGGUAUUAAAAUUGUCUAGCCACUCGAGUACGGUUGAGAAGCUGUUGGAUAAGGAUGACAAGCGAGUCCGUGGCUCUGAAAAAAAUAGGAAAGAACAGAAAAGAAGAAAACACAAAGCUCCAACAGAGCAUGGGGGGAGACAGCUCUCCAUGGACAGUUUUUUCAGAACUACAGUGAAGGAGUCUCUAUAGUUAUCCAAAGUGAACAGUUGAAUAGUGCUUCAGCAGACACAGGCCAAGCUAUUCUUUCAACAGUGGAUGAGAAGUAAGACUCUGUUAAUGUCCCAAAAAAUUCCCUUCACAUAAGGCUAAUGAUACUGUAAGACCACUAACAGCAGUCAAAUAGUACAGUAUUUUGUACCCUGCAGUAACCCUAACAGCAGUCAAAUAGUACAGUAUUUUGUACCCUGCUCCAGGUGUCAUCUGUUUAUGAUUGUGUUGCAGUUCAAAAAAGUCAGUUUGAGACUAGAAAUUCUUGGCUCUGCCUUGUAAGAGUAUUGUGCGUGUGAGAUUUUUUUUCAUUUUUAGGUAAAGUACACUGACAGUUAGUUAUUUUGCAGUAACGAGAUAAUGGUUUUCAGAUAAUGAGCAUUGUUCGCAUUCCAGAUUGUUUUUUCAGCUGGGCAACUCAUACUGCAUGCACACACUCUCCUUGCACUCAAUGAAGAUAACUACCAGACAAACCAUGACUUGAAAACAAAUGCACACCAAAUUUUAAUGUCAGUAACAGGUUCAAAGCCCCAAAUGAUAGGACACUGCAUUAAAAAUGGGCUUUGAUUGAAAAAUCACUGUAUUGAGUGUGAGCUCAGUAAUAGAGAAAGAGUGUUCCAUUGAAUGUGGGCUCUGAGGGAUGGGGAGUGUGUGCAGUACUGAGUGUGGACUCAGCAGUGGAGAGAGAGCUUUGAACUGAAUGCAGUCUCUGAGUGAUGGAGGGACAGUGCUGCAUUGAGUCUGGGCUCAAUGAUGAAGAAAGAGCUUUGCAUUGAAUAUUGGCUUAAGUGACAGAGAUAGAGCUGCGUUUAUUGCGGCCAUAGUGAUAGGAAGAGCUUUGUGUUGAGUCUGGCAUCCAUAUUGUAGAGAGAAUGCUGCCUUGAGUGUGGGCUCAGUAAUAGAGUCAUGGUCAUAGGAUUGUGGAAUUUACAGCAUAGAAACAGGCCCUUCGGCCAGCCAUGUCUAACCAACAAUCACCAAACUAUACUAACCCCAUUUACCUGGACUUGGUCCAUAGCCUGCUGUGUUCUCGCAAUCUCCUCCCUUGGCUCCUGUAGCAGCAUGGGAUACAUCCCAUCAGCCCCUGGAAAUUUAUGUACCUUUACAUCCUCUAAAACAUCUAAUGCCUCCUCUUAUUAAUCUUAAGUUAUCCUCAACAAUUCCUGGCUAUGUUGAGAGCUUUGCAUUGUGUGGGUUCAGUGUUGGCAAGAGAAUUCUGCAUUGAAUGUUGGCUUGGUGACAGAUAGAGUUGCAGUUAUUGUGAUCUUAGUGACAGAGCUUUAUGUUGAGGCUGGGCUCAGUGAUGUUGAGAGAAUGGUGCAUUGAGUGUGGCUUCUAAGUGAUGGAGAGUGAGUGCUGCACUGAGUGGGCUUUAAAUGACAGAAAGUGAGUGCUGUAUUGAGUGUCAACUGUAAGUGAUAGUGGGCUCAGUGAUGAUGAGAGCUUUGCAUUGAGUGGGCUCAGUGAUGGAGAGAGAAUGCUGCAUUGAGUGUGAACGCUGAGUGAUAAUGAGAGAGUUGUGUAUUGUAUGUUAGCUCUGCAUCAUAGACAGUUACCUAUAAUGGGUGUCAGUACUAUACAUUGUUAGUAUACAAAACAAUCAAGAACAUAUUUUUGAAGCAAACAAAAACAGAAAUUACUAGAGAAACUCAGCAGGUCUGGCAGCAGUUGUGGAGAGAAAAGAGCUAACAUUUUGAGUCUGGUGACCUUUCUUCAGACCCUUCUGUUCCCUCUUCAAAGAUGCAGCCAGACCUGCUGAAUUUCUCCAACAAUUCUUGUCUUUGUUUGUUUAAGAUCUUGAGUAUUCACAGCUCUUUGUUUUAUUUAAGGAUAUCUGUCUUCUUUUAUAUUGUUUUGCAGUAACUGUCGAAUAUGUUUAAUCAUGGAGGUCAGGAGACUGGUGAUUAAUGUUUCAAACCAGGCUUUGUUUUUAUUAUUUUAUUUCCCCCACUUAGCUAAGUCUUUACAUUUUAAUCACUCCCAAGUAUCCAGUUCUUCAAGUCUGAAUUAUUUGAUUAUAUUAUAGUCUUCCUUCAGACUAUGUCAUCAGGAGAAAAAAUCCACAUGGUGCAGAUAAAAACUGAAAUAAUUCUAUAAAACAUGCAACUGAAAUUAUUAACUAAUGGGAUUUUUAUUUAUAAUUUAAGUUCAUAUGUUUCUUAUUUUUCCACAAGUAUAAAGAACAGAUGUAAUGUGUAACAUAUACUUGCAGCAUACAGAUGUUUUACAUGGAAUUUAAUGCAUUUUUAAAAAUUUGCCUCCAUUAACAGUAUGCUCUCUUUUGGUAAAAUUUAGAACAAUUGUCCACUAUCUUUUUAAUUAUCCACUGAAUAUCUUAAUUCUGUGUUGAUGCUCAUACAGAGCAAACUAGUAUGGAGGUUAAAAGCCAAGAGGGGCCAUCUAGCCUGGAGUUCAAUUGGAGUCCGUAGGUGACUGCUUUUAAGGGUCUCGUUCUAUCACUAUAUGCAUUGAACCAGCAAUGGACAUGGGUGAUGCCAUUUGGACAGACUGAUAGGCACAGUUUGCAGGCUGACGGCUUCACCCGACAGUGGAAGCUGCAGCAGCAAGGGAAGGAUCCAUCGACUGGCACCUCCCUGACCUUGACAUGCUUGUCUCCCUGCCUCAAUCAUUUCCAGAACUUGUUGACGUCUAAUUGGCCAGUCCGGUAUCUCUUGGUGAUGGGACCUGUGCCCUGCAGGAGAAAAUCCCACAGGAAAUUUACAAGAGCAAGGAAGUCCAUUGGCAGCUUGCAGACAGAUUAGGAAAUAUUUGUGAUGGGACUCCUGGAAAUGGCUGUGGGGCUGUUGCUGCCAGUAUCCCAGCGGUUGGAGGGGCUUGCUGGCACAUACAGGAAACUUUGUGCAGUGUUUUGGGCCAGUUGCCUUUGUGUUGUUUGUGCUUAUGUACUAGAAAUGGUUGAUUCCAAAACAAAAAAUGCAUCUGGAAAUUUGAGAGGCACAGCAGAAAUUCGACCCAGAAGAGAGAGAUCGGUUCUCGAUUGGUAAUCAAGAUUGAUUUGGAUCAGGGGUUAUGGGGAGAAGGUAGGAGAAUGGGGCUGCGAAACAUACUAGCUGUAAUCGCAUAUGGAGCAGGCUCCAUGGACUGAAUGGCAUAACUCUGUUCCCAUAUUUUCUGGUUUUAUGGUCUACUGCAUGUGUCUGUGGAGCAUCUUCACUGUGUCACUUUUUUUAACCCUGUAUUACUGAUGACUAAUUUUGUACAUUUUUAAAGAGGCAUCUUUUCCAAAUAAAAGUUAUGGAAUA